AUGCAUGAGGACCCUCCAAAUGAAAGCGAGGUGGAAUUGACUUCGAUAGUAGCCGAGGGGCCUCCUACUCUCCAUAGAGACAAUGUGGUCCUCUGUAGUCGAGAUGCGCUCGAGCUAGCCCAGGUGGGGAAAAGGGAGGUUCUCAAGCGCAGAUUUGGCCUGGCGAGCACAGUGGGAUUUGCCUGUAGCCUGAUGCUCACAUGGGAGGCAUUUCUGAUUAAUUUCGGGGUGGGGCUACCAAAUGGUGGCCCAGCCGGUCUGGUGUAUGGCUAUGUUGCUGUCUGGAUUGGAUUCAUCAGCAUAUUUACCGCACUGGGGGAGUUGGCAAGCAUGAUUCCGUCGGCUGGUGGACAAUAUCACUGGGCGAGCAUUCUGGCGCCGGAGUCAUCGAAGCGAUUCAUCAGCCAUGUUACCGGUAAGUGCUCAAUCUGCAUCAUCGCUUGGACAGCCGUUCCAACCGGAGCCGUGUAUGUAGCUGGAAGCAUUUUGCAGAAUGCGGUCGCGAUGAACCGUCCAGAAUACAACCCACAAGGCUGGCAUGUCACUUUAAUUAUGUGGGGGAUACUGCUGAUUUGCGCGAUCCUGAAUACCUGGCUUGGAAUGAUCCUACCAGUUCUCGAGGUCUUCAUAGGCAUUGUUCAUGUGCUUGGCUUUUUCGCAGUGCUCAUACCGAUUGUUUAUCUCGGUCCCAAGGCUGACGCCAAAUCAGUGUUCGUUCAAACGUUCAAUCUCGGCGGUUGGCGCGACAUCACACUGGCCACGUUUGUAGGCCUCAAGGGCAUAGUAGGAGCUUUCUUAGGUACGGACGGUGUCGUUCAUAUGGCCGAAGAGGUCGCUAAUAGCAGCAUGGUGGUCCCACACUCGAUGCUAUUCGCCAUUGCCAUCAACGGGGUCUUGGGCUUUGCCAUGCUGGUUACCUUCCUCUUCACGGCAGGAGAUUUGUCCGUCAUCCUCAAGUCGGAAGCCACCUAUCCUUUUAUGCAGAUUCUCGAAAACGCGACGCAGAGCAAAGGAGCGGCGACUGUGUUCGCGAGUAUGAUUGCGAUCAUGCAAGCCUGCUGCGGACUGGGCGGGAUCUCGUCUGGCAGCCGCAUGCUGUGGGCUUUCUCGCGAGAACAGGCGCUUCCAGGCUGGCGCUGGAUCCUGCAGCUGAACAAGCGAACCUCGGUUCCCUUCCACAGUAUCUGCGUGAUCGUCAUCGCUGCCGGUCUCAUCGGUCUGAUCAACAUCGGGUCGUCCGUGGUGCUAAGCAUUGUUCUUUCUCUGCUAAUGGAAGCCUUCUUUUUCUCCUACAUCAUCCCUCUGUCGCUCCUCCUGUAUCGCCGCGUGAAGGGGCACAUCUCCGAGCCGCAGCAGGGCGGUAACAAAGGCUUUGUCUGGGGACCGUUCCGAGUGAGAGGCUGGCUGGGCAUCGCGAACAACAUCUUCGCGCUGGUGUUUUCAGGGUUCGUGGUGAUCUUCGGGUUCUGGCCGGCGAGUAGCCAUCCAACGCCAUCGCACAUGAAUUAUAGCGUGGCGAUCUUCGGGGGGGUGCUGAUCCUGGCGGUGGUGUACUAUCUGGGAUGGGGGAGGAAGCAUUAUAUGGGACCCUUGGCCGAGGUUGAGGUUACGGCUGGAUCCGUGGAACAAAGAAGGAGCGAGGGGGAGGGGGGGUUUGUGACACCGUAG